AUGGCAACUAAGUACAACCAUAAAUUUGAGGAAAAUAGCGACAUCUAUGAGGACUAGGAAACUUAAAACAGUCCUUAAAGUCAGAAAUUUGAGAGUAUAGAUAUCAGAAACUCAGGAAUACAAAUAGAAAUGCAGGAUUUUAACAAUGUAACUGAAAACCAGUUCUAGGAUGUGUCUUUAUCAGGCAGAAACUAGAUUAGAUAUAACGAUGAAAUGCCUCAUAGAUAAAUCAUUAUUCCUGGUUAGUUAGUAUAGUAUAUAAUAGAAUUAGGUUUGGAUGGUUCAAGAGACGAUCAUAAAGAGCACGAGAGUUUUAAAAAUGAUAAAUUUAAUGGUCAUAACAACCACAAUAAUUAGGAUUUUGAUGACAUUGAUAAAAACUAGGAGACAUAUAGCAUGCAUAAUUUAUCAAUAUUGGAUCAUGAAUUCGGGUCAGGGAAUGUAGGGCAGUUGGGAACAGUAUUUAAUAUCUUUAAAUGCUUUGUGGGAAUAGGUAUUUUAGCAAUGCCUAAUGCUUUUUCUGACGUAAUCUUUGAAUCAUUAAAUCGAAAUUCAAUUUAGUUUGGUAUCGUUGGUGGUUCUAUGGGUAUACUAAUGAUUGGUGUUUUGAAUUUCUAUACAAUGAAACUCCAAAUCUACUGCAAGGAGAAAUAUGGAUCAAAGUAUGAGACUUAUUCUGAUUUAGGACAUGUGAUAUUUGGACCCUGGGGGAAAUUCAGCGUUGAUUUUAGCCUGAUCAUUUCUCAACUAGGCUGUGGAGUAGCUUACCUAUUAUUUAUUGGAAAACAAUUGGAUUAAGUAGCGUGCCAAUCAACAGGAUUUUGCGACAAGAAAUAGCUUUACAUUUCAUUAGCAGGUAUGCUACUUGUCCCAGUUUGCUGGCUUAAGACAUUCAAAUUUGUUUCCUAUAUCAGUAUUUUUGCAAGUUUCUCAAUCGUAUUCGCAUUUUCAGCAACAUCUAAAACAAUCCAAAUAGUUUUAAUAAUCUUAAUGCUUUAAUACCCUAUAAUAUGCCGAUGUUCUUUGGAGUAGCAGUUUUUAAUUUUGAAGGGAUAUGGUGAUAAAAUAGAGGAUAUUGUUACUCUAAAUCUACCACACAAUUCUAUAUCUAAUGCUGCUAGAGCAUUCUAUUGCAUAGGAUUAAUGGGAUCUUAUCCAAUAUAGGUGAUACCUGCUCUUGAAAUAAUAGAAAAAACAAAGUGCUUUAUAAAGAUCCCUACUGCUCCAAUUUUUCCAGGAGUAAAUAAUUUGAAAUAAAUCUGA